AUAUAUAUUUACAGAAAAAGCAGAAACAUACAACACGUCAUAAAUAGCUGCAGAAAUAGCAAACCAGGCGGUGUCCACCGGACAGCAUCCUCCUCUUACCGUGACUUGCCGAAUCACACAUUUGAAAGCAACCUAAACCCUAAAAUCUUUACUUUCUGAAUUCACACUAUCCAAUCCCUAAAUUCCUCUGUCAAAUUUGUUACCCUUUGAGUCCUGAGUCCUUAAUUUUUCAUUAACCACUUCAAUUCGUUUACUGCUUGUUUUCUUUUUUUGGCGUGUAAUUAUUGAAGAUGGAGAUCGAACAAAAACAAGCAGAGCUAAUCGAUCACUUCGUUAAAAUAGCAUCAGCUCUUAAAGGCUCAGCUCUUGGGCCCGUUAUCGUUGAAGCCACUUCUCACCCUUCACUCUUCGCCUUCUCCGAAAUUCUCGCCGUACCUACUGUUGCUGAGCUUGAAGGAGUUGACAAUUCCGUUUACCUUGAUGUGCUCCGGUUGUUCGCACAUGGCACAUGGACCGACUACAAGAAUAAUUCUGGUCGUCUUCCACAACUGAUACCUGAUCAAGUACUCAAGCUUAAACAACUCACUGUCCUAACACUUGCUGAAACAAACAAGGAUCUUUCUUUCUUGUUCUCUACUCAGAGCCAUGAUAAUUCAACUUGCCUGUCCCAUGAGCUUGCUAUGAUGUUUGUCCUUUUCCAGGUGCUACCCUAUGAUCAACUAAUGCAAGAGCUUGAUGUUACAAAUGUUCGUGAACUUGAGGAUUUUCUGAUCAACGAAUGCAUGUAUGCGGGAAUAGUUAGAGGAAAGUUGGACCAAUUGCGAAGAUGCUUUGAGGUUCAAUUCGCAGCUGGGAGGGACUUGAGACCUGAACAACUCGGGAAUAUGUUACAAACACUAUCAAACUGGUUAUCUACAUCAGAGAAUCUACUUGUCUCAAUUCAAGAGAAGAUAAAGUGGGCUGAUACUAUGAGUGAAUUGGACAAGAAACACCGAAAGGAUGUGGAAGAUAAGGUUGAAGAAGUGAAAAAAACCCUCUCCCUCAAGUUACACACUGUAAGCAGGCCGACAUUGAGUUCAGAGGGCAUGAGGAGAUCUACUCUGAAUCUAGUGGAGUGAUGGACUAUGAAGAAGACCGAAGUCGGCCCAAAAGGAGGCGGCAUCCAAUAUCCUGAAAGUAUAGAUAGAUCAAGGAACUCAUUUGAUGGGUUUUUAGGCUACAUGCCGGAUUUUUAUUCAUGGCAUUGAAGCAACAAAUGAUUUCUGCUUUGUGGCAACGAUGCUUCCUCAGACAGUGAAGUUUUCAUUGUCAAUUUAGAUUGAUAUUUGAAACCUGUUACCUUGUUUUGAACCUACUGUUAAUUAUAUCGAGUAAGAAAGAAAGGACCAGAUCUGGUGGUGCGGCUGAAAUUUUCAUAGUCAGAAAUUCAAUAUUAUGAUUUCAAUCUUCCUGGUUU